CUGUGUCCGAUUCCAGCAUCUGCUCAAACAUCCAAUUUCCACCCAGACACAUUCCAUGCAAUCCGCGCAAUCCCGAGCAUGCUUGACCAUUCCAGCACACUUCCCCCGCCGCCACCGCCACCAGUUAUCACUAUGCUCCCGCCAAAGACCAAGUUCGUCCGCGAGAUCGAGCGCGGGCGAUGCCAUUGCGACACGCCCUCGCCGCCGGGGGCGACAUACCUGCAUCGCGUCCUCCGCCGCUGGCGGUAUGGCGACGACGCCGACUCGAUCCUGCCGGUCCACGAGAAGCGGCGCCGGCCGCUGCGCCACGCCAUCUACACGCGGCGCCCGGGGGCGAGGCUCGCUGCGGCACGGGGAUCCGGCAGCGCAGCGUCCGCGCGUGUAGUCGAGGAGUACCGCCGGGACAACGCGGCGGCGCGGCGACGGCGGCGGCGUCUCACGUUCCUCGCCCUGAUGCUGGCGGCGACGGUCCUCAUCCUUGGGGCGGCGAUCUUGGGGUUCGUCCUGGUUUCGGCACAGAAGACAUGACGACGGGGCGUUGUCGGGAUUGCUGAGCUGUCUACAUUUCUCCGAGAUUGGGGCGUGUUGAGUUGCACGCCGGCGAUGACGGAUACGGAUUGACUUUAUGCCAUGACACUUGGGCUUCUAGGCGUUGGGGUCGACAAGCCAGACACUUUACGU